ACGCUAAGUUAUUGAGAGUACAGACUGAGGACUAUAGGCAUGAUAUUCAAAUAUCCAAUUACACUGAACAAUUACUGGACCAGAAUUAUGAGUUAUUUAUUGUAAUGCCUUGGUAAAACCAGUAGUAUGCUGUAAACAUCAACCAGAGAUUGUAAACAUUUUUAGCACAUUUUGUUUUGUUUAUCUACACAUGUUUAUCUUACUGUUGCCCUAGUUAAAAUUGGUCUGUUCGUAAUGUGGAUUUAUGGAAAAUGACAAAUACAGGUGUAUUUCAUUUGGAUAUGCCAGAUGCCCCCAAUUAUGAUGAUAGCGAAGAAAACUCUCAUGACUUUGUUCCGUUUAAUGGGGGAGUUGAGGAUGAGUUUCUUGAACGCGGCCCACUGAAGCCAGAAGAGUUGAGUGAAGAUGUGAAAACUGUAGAAAUCUGCGAGGAAACGGUAAAUCCGGGUCAACCUAAGGUCAGGCCUCAUGACUUUCAACUUCUCAAAGUUUUGGGAAAAGGCGGGUAUGGGAAGGUUUUCCUGGCAAGAAAAAAUGAUACUGGCCAAACCUAUGCCAUGAAGGUGUUGAAGAAAGCCUCAAUUGUAACGAACGCAAAAGAUACAGCUCACACAAAAAGUGAAAGAAAUAUCCUCGAAAUGAUCAAACAUCCAUUCCUAGUCCAGCUACACUAUGCCUUCCAAUCCCCUGGGAAGCUUUAUCUAGUCCUCGAAUUUUUAGCUGGAGGUGAACUUUUUAUGCAGCUGGAAAAAGAGGGUGUAUUCAUGGAAGAUCAGGCUAGUUUUUAUUUGGCAGAAAUCACACUUGCCAUUGGCCAUCUUCAUUCGAUGGGCAUUGUUUAUCGGGAUUUAAAGCCUGAAAAUGUUCUUUUAGACCAUGAAGGUCACGUGAAACUUACAGACUUUGGUCUUUCUAAAGAGAGGGUUGAUCGUGAUAAUCUGACUCAUACAUUCUGUGGGACUAUUGAAUAUAUGGCUCCCGAAAUACUUCUACGUCAGGGUCAUGGAAGAGCAGUAGAUUGGUGGAGUCUCGGCACACUUAUGUAUGACAUGCUAUCUGGAUCUCCUCCUUUCACGGGUGAUGAUAGAAGACAGACUAUUGACCUGAUACUACGUGGUGAUUUUGUCCCUGUACCUUAUUUGAGUCGUGAAGCUGUGUCACUUAUAUCCAAGCUGUUAGUUGUGGACGUCAGCAGGCGUCUGGGCUCUGGACCAUCUGACUCAGAGGCAAUAAAAAUGCAUCCGUUUUUCCGCAACACUGACUGGGAUCGUGUACUGAAAAGACAAGUUGAGCCGCCGUUCCGACCUACUUUAACAUCUGAUACAGAUGUUUCCCUUUUUGACCCCAAGUUCACCCAAGAAAAUCCUGUUGAAAGUCCUGAUGAAGGUUUACCAAUAUCUGCAAUGGUUUCGGAUGUGUUUGAAGGAUUUACUUAUGUUGACCCACAAAUUCACAUUGAUAUGGCCCGUGAUCCUUGGGUAUCUACCUGGCAAAGCAGUUCGCGUUCGCGUCGACGAUCUGGAUUGUCCUCUAGCAGUUCGCCGGGCUACGUUGGGCAUACUAUUAUGGCUAAUACUAGUACUCUUAUGCAAGGAACUGAUAUGCCACAUGUCGGGACCCCUCAUCCAGAACAGUUGCAGUCCACUUUACCUACUCAUAUGCCAAAUACUAUUCAAACAUCAAUUCCGACGCAAUCACAACAGCCGUUUGUUUUCGCUGAAGAUUUUGAAGAUAUGGACGUUGGUAGUACCAGCAUGACAUUUGGGAACAACUCAGCUGGUUGUUCAGCUGCUGUUGACACUGUUAAUAUACCCACAGACAAUUCCAGACUUAUGCAUGGCUUUCCUUUCGUAGGUGGACAUCGAACAGAAAACAGCCGUCCAAUGGAGACUGGUAACUGUGAAACUUAUUCUACACGCCCGGGUGAACAUGUCAAUGGCGUGGUCACAAAACCACUUGACACUCGUUUAAUGCAUCCAUCUAGUUCAGCUGCUGCUCAGGCUUCGGCGCUUGCUGCAGUUGCUCUUGCUACUUCAUCCCGUUUGGCAGGUUCUUCUGUACACACGUUUCCUACAGUUACUUCAUAUAAUUCUCCACUUCGACCUCUCGUAGGUGAACAUGUGAUGUAUGAUCCCCAAACAGUUAGACCUAUCAACUUGGGCAAACCUCAGUCACAUACACCGUUGGCAACAGUUGACAACUCACAUACUCAGAGAAAAUAAUUCCCAUUCAUCAGAGAAAAAUGCCAUCUAAAGUUCUUAAAAUAUCUCAGGCUUAUUCAUAAAUUUCCUUGUGGUAUACGAGCCAAUUCAUCUGUUACGCACUACCAGCGCCUAGUUUUAAUUCAUGGGUGUCAAAAUCUUAAUGCAAGCUCUUCUUUCUUCAUCCCUUAUUUGGUUUAUGUAACUGGUAUAUCAUUGUAUUAGUUCAUUUCAUUACAUAUUCUUAUCCCAAACAAGCUCAUCUGUGACAGUUUUUCUUCUUGUCUAUUAGCUUGCAUAUACUGUUCACAAGAUUCUGCUGUUUGUUAUUCAGCUGAUGUUCCUCGACUCAAGAUAAUGCUUCUGAUUUCUAUCAAGGAGUACGUGCAAACCAACUCAAAUAGUUUUGUAAACAUAAUUUUUCAUCGUUUAUGGAUUUUUCUCCCUAGUAUGUUAUUCGUGAAUCAUUCAUAACUAAGUUUUAAUCACGAAAAAACCCAAUUAUAAACGAGGGAGUAGUAUAAUCCCUAGCGUCACAUUUCUCUUCGUCGCUAUGCUAAUCACAUAUGUGUACUAAUGAAUUCAUUGUUAUUUUGGCCUAUUGACUGUCCUUAUCAUUCAUCUCUCGGAUGUUCAAAUUUCUACACGUUCAUUUGUAGUACGGUCGGCAAAUUAAACAAAUUCUUCAGAUAUAACAUACUUUAUAUAGAUACUUAACGAUCUAGGUUAUUUCAUUUAAAAUCUUUUCAAUACCGUUGCCCAAUUUUUGUAUCUUUCUAAUGUUAUGUAUUAACACGAAUGUUUAGUGUUUUUUAAAAUUAUCUUGUCUGCCUUACCCUUCAGUUUUAAUCUAUUUGUCAAGCUAGCGAAUGGGCAAUUUUUUGUGUUCUCAAUCAUGUAUUUAUUCUUUCUUUUGAAUUGUUGAGCAUUCCUACCUCGAAGUACAUAUUUCCUCCUGCGUAUAUUUUCUUGCUGUUCAAACAAUCUUUGUUCUUGGAAUUAUUUCCUCCAUUCUUUUCAAAAAGAUAUUUUUUCGGAGCACCAUAUGUGCCUCUUUUUGUAACUUUUGUUAUCUUGAUAGGCUUUGAUUACUUGCCGACGUAGUACUUUGUGGUCUUAUUAUGUAUUGUUUGUCAACUAAAUUAUUCCCUCUCAUGGUGUUUCUGUAGAAUUUUUUUGUUUUUACUUUAUUCUUUACCUUACAGGGCUUCCUGGUACAUUAUGUAAUUUGAUUGUUGCUUUAUGAUAUGAUUAAGGAUUACCUGUUUUUCCUUCUCUUGACUCUCAACCGCUUAAUUUUGGUUCCCGAUUUAUUAAUGUUUUUGUGAACUUAUGCUUCAUUGUUUUGGUCGAUUCGUCUUUAGCACUGUAUUGUUAUCAACUAGUAGUUGGUGUUACACCAUUUACGAAAAUGGAAUGCAUACUGCUGUCGUUGAUGAAAACUGAUUAUUUGAAAGCAAUACUAAUUUUUCUUAUUUCAGAAAUCCCACUUUAUUUACAUCCGAUUUUUCUGUCUUCCUCUUAUGAAGGUUCUUUGUGACUGCCUUCUAUCGGUGAUUCAGACGAAAUACAUUCUUACUUGCAUAGUUACUUUUCUAAUUAUUUGGUUGUAUUGUAAUGUAGUGCUGUUCUCGCCGUUAGUUGCGUGGGAAAUUACCCAAAAAUGUUUGAAAAUUAUUUGUACUUAGAAGUAUUUGUCCCUGAUAUAGUAAUCUUGUGAACUAGUUUAAGUGGGAUUUUGAUCACAACAUGGAACGCAUUUGGGAAUAAAACUACUGAUUUGAGUUUCUGAAUAUUUAUUUUCCAGCCAUAGUAAACUUAGUGUAUAAGUAGUGCUUUAGGAAAGCUGAACAUGUUUGAGAUCAGGGUGGUCACUGUUGCAUGUUUCAACGUCUGAUUGUGGAUGUUUUGAAAUCAAGUCCAAUUUUGUAAGCUUGUUUCACCUGAUGUAAAAAUGUUGAGGUGUAAAUAGGAAUUUCGAUAAUAACCGAGAAUUACGUUAUUGGUGGUGAGUUACUUCACUGAAAUUUAUAAUACAUACCAGCUAUUUGUAGACUGGACUUGUCAGUUUCUCAUAUGCACCUAAAUCUAUAUAGAGAGAUGAGUGUAAUGUACGUGGAAAGAACUGAUUUAUUACAAUUCCAAGAUAGAUAAAUUGUUUGCAUUAUUCUGAAUCUGUUUUUUAACUCUUAUAGAGGAAGAUGAAGCGAUCGUUUUG